AUGUCAGUUGACCCCAGUUUACCAGUCAGACCCUACACCGACCAAUGUUUACAUCCAUUCAGCUCCUAUAUCCGACCCAAGUUUACAUCCAGUCAGCCCCUACACCUACCCAAGUUUACAUCCAGUCAGUCCCUACAUCCGAACCCAGUUUACAUCCAGUCAGCCCCUACACCCGACUCCGUUUACAUCCAGGCAGCCCCUAUACCCGACUCCAGUUCACCAGUCAGCCCCUUCACCCGACUCCAGUUCACCAGUCCGUCACUAUACCCGACUCCAGUUCACCAGUCAGCCACUACACCCGACUCGAGUUCACCAGUCAGCCCUACUACCGACCCCAGUCCACCAGUCAGCCCCUACACCCGACUCCAGUUCACCAUCAGCCCCUCCACCCGACUCCAGUCCACCAGUCAGCCCCUACUACCGACUCCAGUUCACCAGUCAGCCCCUUCACCCGACUCCAGUUCACCAGUCCGCCACUAUACCCGACUCCAGUUCACCAGUCAGCCACUAAACCCGCCUCUAGUUCACGAGUCAGCCCCUACACUCGACUCCAGUUCACCAGUCAGCCCCUACACCAAACUCGAGUUUACAUCAAGGCAGCCCCUACACCCGACUCCAUUUCACCAGUCAGCCCCUACACCCGCCUCUAGUUCACGAGUCAGCCCCUACACCCGACUCCAUUUCACCAGUCAGCUCCUACAUCCGACUCAAGUCCCCCAGUCAGCCCCUACAUCCGACUCUGUUCACCAGUCAGCCCCUACACCAAACUCAGGUUUACAUCCAGGCAGCCCCUACACCCGCCUCCAUUUCACCAUUCAGCCCCUACACCCGACUCCAGUUCACCAGUCAGCUCCUACAUCCGACUCAAGUCCACCAGUCAGCCCCUACAUCCGACUCCAGUUCAGCAUCAGCUCCUACAUCCGACUCCAGUUCAUCAGUCAGCCCCUACACCCGACUCCAGUUCAUCAGUCAGCCCCUACACCCGCCUCCAGUUCACCAGUCAGCCCCUUCACCCGACUCCGGUUCACCAGUCAGCCCCUACAUCCGACUCCAGUUCAGCAGUUAGCUCCUACACCCGACUCAAGUUCACCAGUCAGCCCCUACACCCGACCCCAGUUCACCAGUCAGCCCCUUCACCCUACUCCAGUUCACCAGUCAGCCCCUACACCCGACCCCAGUUCACCAGUCAGCCCCUUCACCCGACUCCGGUUCACCAGUCAGCCCCUACAUCCGACGCUGUUCACCAGUCAGCCCCUACACCCGACCCCAGUUCACCAGUCAGCCCCUACACCCAAAUCGAGUUUACAUCCAGGCAGCCCCUACACCCGCCUCCAUUUCACCAUUCAGCCCCUACACCAGACUCCAGUUCACCAGUCAGCUCCUACAUCCGACUCCAGUCCACCAGUCAGCCCCUUCACCCUACUCCAGUUCACCAGUCAGCCCCUACACUCGACUCAAGUUCACCAGUCAGCCCCUACACCCGACCCCAGUUCACCAGUCAGCCCCUACACCCGACUCCAGUUCACCAGUCAGCCCCUUCACCCUACUCCAUUUCACCAGUCAGCUCCUACACCCGACUCCGGUUCCCCAGUCAGCUCCUACAUCCGACUCCAGUUCACCAGUCAGCCCCUACACCCGACCCCAGUUCACCAGUCAGCCCCUACACCCGACUCCAGUUCACCAGUCAGCCACUACACCCGACUUCAGUUCACCAGUCAGCUCCUACACCCGACUCCAGUUCACCAGUCAGCACCUACACCCGACUCCAGUUCACCAGUCAACCCCUACACCCGACUCCAGUUCACCAGUCAACCCCUACACCCGACUCCUGUCCACCAGUCAGCCCCUACACCCGACUCCAGUUUACAUCUUAUUGGCUUCUCAAUUUAA